CUCUUGGACUGUUGUUCAGGCGCGUUGGUGUAGGAUUUCGGACGACCGCCUUUGUUUUGACUUGAAAGUUGUGGAAGUUCAUCGAUUUCGUUGAUAUUUUUCCUUUGGAAAUAGUUAUUACUUUUGUAAUUCAACCUGUUAUGCAACACUGGUUGGUCCUAUGGAUCGAAAUACGUCAUGUGCGUUAAUUUUGAUUGAAAUAGUGUAGUUACUGUUGUAGAGUGAGGUUAAAAUGUUGUAUAUUUUGCCACCACCUAGGAAUCCCAGUCCUCCUUCACCCUGGGAUAGUAUUUUGUACGGGUCUGUGAGUAGUGAUAGUGCCUCUAAUAGGGAAAGUUCUGCUAAUGUCAAUCUAAUUGAAAGGAAAGCCGGAAAGCGAUUGUCAAAGAUUGCCAAAUCUAUCAUUUCUAAAAUAGGGGAUGGAUUAAGCAGCCAAAAUGAAAUGGAUCCGAGCAGGAGUUCUAAAAGCCUCAGCGAAUGCUACUUCGCGGGCAAAGGCACAGCUCUGGUGCUCCCCGACGCAGAGGCGUCCACGUCGCCGCAACGGGGGGUGGAGAGCGGUGGACAGCGUCCCUCUGUCACUGGUACCAGUAUACAGAAGCACUUACAGUCUAUGUUCUAUUUAUUGCGACCGGAAGAAACGCUCAAAAUGGCGGUGAAAUUGGAAAGCAUGCACACUGGUAGAACGAGAUACUUGGUAGUCGUCUCCAGAAUGGGGAAUAGAGGAGAAGAAUCGUGUCUUCUUGGUAUAGACUGUAACGAGAGGACAACAGUAGGGUUGGUGUUGAGGGUAUUGGCAGAUACUUCAAUACGAUUGGAUGGUGACGGGGGUUUCAGUGUCAGCGUAUGCGGUAAACAUCACAUUUUCAAGCCAGUUUCCGUCCAGGCCAUGUGGUCGGCGUUGCAGACGCUACACAAGGCCAGUUCGAAAGCUCGGGAGCAGAACUACUUCCAGGCCGGUCUGACCCACGGCUGGGUUGAUUAUUAUGAAGCCAGGAUCGAGUCGGACAGGUCGUGUCUCAACGAGUGGCACGCGAUGGACAGUCUGGAGUCCAGACGGCCCCCGUCUCCCGAUUCCAUCAGGACGAAACCGACGGAACGAGAGGAGACCGAGAGGGUGAUCAGAGCCACCCUGAAGGAGAUCAUGAUGUCCGUCGAUCUCGACGAGGUUACCAGCAAGUACAUUCGUACAAGGUUAGAAGAAGAGUUGGACGUGGAUUUAGGUGAAUAUAAAUCCUUCAUUGACCAAGAAAUGUUGACGAUUCUUGGUCAGAUGGACGCCCCAACUGAAAUAUUCGAGCAUGUCUACCUGGGUUCUGAGUGGAAUGCAUCUAACUUUGAGGAAUUGAGGAAGAACGGGGUUGGCCAUAUCCUCAACGUGACCAAGGAGAUCGAUAACUUCUUUCCUGGUACAUUCGACUACCUGAACGUCCGGGUUUACGAUGACGAGAAAACCGAUCUGCUAAAGCACUGGGACGACACCUUCAAAUAUAUCACGAAAGCGAGAAACGCGGGCUCGAAGGUGCUGGUACACUGCAAGAUGGGAGUCAGCAGGUCGGCUUCUGUUGUGAUAGCCUACGCUAUGAAGGCGUACAACUGGGACUUCAAGACGGCGUGGAAGCAUGUCAAGGGAAAGAGGACCUGCAUCAAGCCGAAUACCGCCUUCUUGGCUCAGCUAGAAACUUACAGAGGUAUAUUAGAUGCGAUGCAAAAUAAGGAGAAACUGCAGAGAUCAAAGUCUGAAACUAACCUGAAGAAAAGCGAGGAAACAACCCAUAAAAAUCCAAAGGUUUUGAUUGGGAGUGAGCCAACGCCAAUCAUUCGAGCGAUGGACCAACGCACAACUGAAGGGAUGUCCGGAAUAGAAUUAAGGAAUUUGGGAUUGCGACCGAAGUCCUGGUCGCCAGAAUGCGCCACAACCAAAGAAUCGACGUCGGUGAGCAAAUCAUCGCCGGUCUUUCUCUCCCUGGAGGAUCUCAGUCAGAAGUCGUCGUCGAGGGAGUCUGUCAGGAAUCUACAGCACACCCCCGACAGAAGGUCGUUCCUACCUCGACACAUGUUGAUGCCCUGUGAUAACGGAGAAUCGUACAGCGUGUCGCCAAAUCAGAUUGUUCACUUGCCUGGACAGCAUGCUGAGACCUGCGUCAUAGCGUCCGUCAAAGAUAGGAUAAUCGAGCUGGAAUCGAACGUCGAACAGAGGUCCAUCGACAGGAAGAAGCUGGUUCUCAAUUUGGCCAAUCAGAUCGAUGCGAUAGCUACUGAGCUACAAGAUAAAACAGACGAGUCAAAAGAUACUACCGAUGUGACCGCCAGGCAAAUACAGAAUACAGACACUUGGGAUCCUGGAGAGACCGAAGCCAACUCUGAAGAGAGCAAGAAUAGGAAGAACAUUUCAAGUGAAAACUGUGAUUCUGUAAACGCUAAAAAACCUAGUGCGGCGAAUCAACUCGUGUGGACCUCUUCGACCGUCUUGAAGACGCUGUCGAAAUCUCAACCUAUCGGUAAUAAUAAUAAAGUUCCUGAAUCUCAGAAAGACAAGAGUGAGCGAAAAGACUGCGAUCCGUUCUCCAACGUGGUGGACCGCGUGUUCGACAGAGAGGAGAAGAAGCAGCAGCGCGUAUCGGUAAUUCCAAUUCUGCCCGUUCACGAUGGACAGGAGAAGAGGGAUUGUCCGUCGCGGCAAAACUCCUGGAGUUCUUACGACAGCGCUGUGGUGAUAGGCGGUCAGACCGAGCUCUCUAGGCACAGUUCUUGGGGAUCGGGCGACACGCGCACGUUACCUUCGCGGAACAGUUCGUGGGGUUCAUACGACAUCAGACCGCGCGGCUCUGUGCAUUACACGAACGAGAAAGGCGAGAAAGUUGUACAUAAUGCCGAGGAUACUGUAAGUUCUGACAGGGAUGACGUACCUUGGUGGCAUUCUGGGACGGUCAGAAGGACGAAACAGAAGCUGGAAGGUUCCGCCGCCAAGAGGAAGUCCGGAACGGUCCAUCCCGACAACGCGGACUCCAUGGACCAUUCCGAUUCCUCGGACGCCACCGAGACCACGGAGUCCUCCAAGGAAUCGCUCAAAGUUCCCGGAAAAUCGAGUGCCAUAUCAACAAGUAUCGAAAUACCGAAAAAGAUCGCGGAUAUCAGACAGAAGGACAGCUAUAGAUUGUCGUUGAGCGCUCCUGAACCGUCCUCCAUGAAUCUAGUCGUAAAAGAAUGCUCUCUCUCAAGGUGCGCUUCCAACGAUUCCCCCGUGAAUAAAAUCCAGCCUUCGUCCGUGAAGCAACAUAGGACCUUUUUGGAAAAUCUUCAUAAGGAAAAUGCGCAGAUCAGAAAACCCGAUGAAUCCCUUCAGAACUCCAAUAUCUCGGGCAUUGUGAGAAGUCUCAAACGUGAAUUCGAAGCCAAGACGGUGACAAUCACGGAGAAUAGUAACAAUGAAUACCUUGAUACGUCGAAGGCGAAAAGUAAAGGUGGUAGUCUACCAUCUUCGCCUACAAGCGUUCAUGUUGAUAGGGCUAAGCCUCCAGAAGAUCUCAAUUUGAAAAACCUAAUCGGAAUAUUCGAGAGUAACAAGCAGGAACCGAUGAAGUCGCCUCUGGUCUGCCAGCGACCUAAAUUUUCUCGGUCAGAAUCGUCGCACAACAAAAGCACAGCAAGGUAUUCUUGCAUCGAGGUGUCCACACCUUUCUGCACCUUUCAGACUCCUCUGAUAGCCAAUAUGAAGAAGAACGUUGAGGGCGAAUUCAAGAGGCCACCAGUUCCACCGGUUGUGAGGAAAAUGGUAGCUGCCACUGUUAUUGCUACUGCCGCCAAAAAGCAACAGCAAUUUGGAAAGAGUCACCCUCUGGCUAGGUUGAAUAUCAAGCCAAGGCACAAUAAUCCCGUCUACAACACUAUGUAAUGCUCAAAAGAAGGUGUUGACCGAUUAUUAAGGACCAGUUUAUUUUUGGAGGUCGUACCAAGUUACUCUCAUUUUAGAGGGAUGAGUUUUGAGAGGGCGUUUUUUACAAUCUAAUUUGGCAUUAUUUCCUUGUGAAUUAUUUUCUCGAAUUUUUAAUGAAUAAAUGAAGAAAAUUGAAAGUUAUAGUUGUCACAGAUUUAUAACUUAGUCUUUUCAAGAAAAUUCGUUAAAAGGUUUGAAGAUAGAAGCUUUUCAUGAACUCCUUUUAUUCUGACGUUGAAUCUUUGACAGCAAUGCUGGAAACAAACGUAUUUGAAGCAAAUUGACAUGAUUUUUCCUCUUAUCAAGUGAUUAUUACUAACAUAUUUCUUCUUUCAUUAUUUAUAUAUUUUUCCCAUUAUGGGUUCUUGUGAUACUAUGAUGUAUGGUAAUCCAGAAGUUUAAUUACUGGAAAAGACCUAAUUGAAUUCUGCAACCAUCAUUUCUUUUUUGUUGAUUUCUAGGUAUAUUUUUCUUUCACUACUAAUUUUAAAUGCCUUCAAAAAUAAACUGCCCUUCAUACAGGCUGUGACUGCAUUAAUUUCUCCUUUUUAUGCAGGAUUUUCCGUUAGUUUUAUAAUUAUUAGUAAAAUUUGGCCUUUUCUUGAAUUUUUAAUAAAUUUUAUUUACAAAAUGUG